CCCUCCUCGUUCACAGAGAGAGACCCUUCCAUUUUCCCGCGCAAAUCCCUCGCAAAAACCCUAGAAACCAUCUAGGGUUUUUGAAUUCCUCGAUCAAAAAAGCUUUUUUUUCCCUUAAUUUUUUUUCUUUUUUUUUUUUUUUUUGUCGAUUAGAACGCGGAGCUCGAUGGGCGAUCGGAAGAAGGACUCGAUUUCUCCCCUCACUUACAUGCCGCAAGUGAAGGUAUACUGCACCACAAAGGACGGCAAAAGGAAUGAACAGGGAUCGGGACAUGUUUUUAUGGAAAAUCUUGAGAGGUCAAAGGAUCUUGGUUUGAUUGUUAUUGAUGAAGAGGAUAAUACUACAAUACUUGUUCAUCGUAUAUCCUAUAACUGUGCAUAUGAAAGACAAGACAACAUUAUCUCAUGGAAAGAUCCAGACUCAGCUACCGAGUUGGUAUUGGACUUUCCAGUGGCCAGCGCAUGCUCCUCCAUAUGGGAAAAUAUCCAAAAAGUACGGAAUGAUAUAUCUACUAGACUGGGAAGUAAGUUACUGGGUAAUGGGUAUACAUAUUUGCCGAUCAUCUCUUGGUUACACUACUCGUAUAUGACCUUCUUCAGUUGGUGUUGAGAUUAUAGUCAUCCAGUGAAGGGACCUCAAGAAGCGACUACAUCACAGUCACGUGUUGGUAUGAUGGUUUAUUCUCGUCGAGUAAAAGGAUCCCAAAAUGCUACGACAACAGUAUCAUCUAGUGAUGAGUCAUUUCCUUCUGAGAAUGAUCAAGUUAGUGAGUUUCCACCUCUUGAGUUAUCCACUCUUCCUUUAAUCUUGAAGAAUAUACUCGAGUGCGACGAUAAGGAUCGAACAUUUGUGCCAGAAUUUCUGCUAAAAGAUUCAGAAUUUUUCCAAAAGCUAGUAAACUUGUUUAGAGUCUGUGAAGAAUCACAAAACAUGGAUGGCCUUCACAUGAUUUUUAAACUAGUCAAGGCGAUCAUUUUGCUAAAUAGCUCGGAGAUCUUUGAUGGAAUUUUAUCUGAUAAGUUCAUUUUGGAUAUUAUUGGUACUCUUGAAUAUGAUCCAGACGUUUCCCAAGUGCGGCAGCAUCGUACUUUUCUCAAAGAGAAAGUGGUUUUUAAGGAGGCCAUUCAUGUAGAAAAUGCUGAAAUAUUGUCAAAAUUACAUCGAUCUUACAUGAUUGGUUAUCUGAAGGAUGAUAUUUUACCGGGAGUAUUGGACCAGGCUACAAAAGUAACUCUUGAAACCAUACUUAACACAAAUAAUGCUCUUGUCAUUUCAUUGCUCAAAGAUAAUGAUUCUUUUUUGCAAGAAUUAGUCAAUAAGAUGAGAUCUGACAACACCUCUGCGGAGUCAAAAAAGGAUUUGGUACUAUUCUUGCAUGAGUUUUGCUCUCUCUGUAAAUAUUUGUCACUUAUGGAACAAGUCAAUCUACUUCGGGAUCUUGCUGCGAAAGGUGUUAUUGAUAUCACUGCUAAUGUGUUGCGGAGUCAUAACAAAAAGCUUGUGUCGGCGGGGAUAAAAAUUCUUUUCUGUUUCCUUGAUAUCAUUCCUAGCACUCUCAGGUCUUAUGUUAUUCAGGAUGACACUUUCCUUGGGCUUUUGGUAAGCAACUUUACAGGUUUGAUAACUGGCUUGGGAUGUGACAUUCAUAAUGAAUUUCUUGAAAUUCUUCAACGAUUGUUGGAUUCAAAAGAUAUGCCCACAUUGCAGCAAGAUAGAAUUAUGCACAUUUUCUGUGAAGGAUAUUUGGACGAGUUGAUGGAUGUUAUAGAAUUAUGCUGUCCUCCAAAGAAUGGUUCUCGCAGAGCUGAAUCUGAUGCCGCAUAUAAGCCCGAAAGUUUAUUGAACAUAUGCGAGCUGCUUCGUUUUUGCGUGAUUCAUCAUUUCAAUGAGAUAAGCUUCUACUUUUAUUUGAGUGACGUCAUCAAAAAGAUCUUAUAUCUAACUCGAAGAAGAGAAAGGUUUCUUGUUGUGGCAGCUGUUCGGUUUGUACGGACUAUAAUCUCCAGUUGUGCAGAUGAUGAGCUUCUUCUUCAACAUAUCGCAUGCCACAAUCUUUUGAAGCCAGUCAUUGAUGUUUUUACUGAAAAUGGUAAUCGUGAUAAUAUGCUGCGUUCCGGAGUUCUUGAACUGCUGGAGUAUAUUUGCAAGGAGGACAUCGAAGUGUUAUUUGCAUAUCUAGUUGAUAGAUUUUGGGUGCAACUGGUGAAGUUCGAACAUUUGGGAACUAUUCGGGCCUUACUUGACAAACACGCGGAGUCCUCGCAUAAAUCUGAACCAAAGGAUACCCGUGACACAUUAGACGUCCGGAAAAACAAGGACAAAAGUGAUGAAGGCGGCAGUGCUAGAUCUGAAUCGCAGAAACAAGAUCAAACUGCUGAGACUAGCAAACCUGAUGCCACAGAAGUUGAUGAGAAGUACGUUCAAAUCUGCAGGCUAAGAGAACUAAACCACCUGCGGAUGACGCGGAACCCUCGAGCUCUUCCGCAGCUAACCGCGAGUCAGAAUGGGAAGUCAGUAAAAGAAGGAAGAGUUUUUAGAAGUGACGGUCGGUGCAGGAAUCUGUUCAGAAACUUCAGAUGAUUCCCCUCUUCGCUGCUUAUCAGUUUGGCAAGUUAGUUGAUUGCUUGAGAAAACAAAAGAAUGGAUCAAUUAAGCUGCCCAAAUUUCAUCAGUUUUCUGCGAGGGAUCAUCCGGAUUCCGGAAUGGCAGCAGCAUAUAUCGUUUGCCUUUUUGAUUUGUACACAUCAUUUUUUAGACCUGAGUUUUAAUUGGAGCACCAACCUGUGCUUAUUUUCUUGUAAAUUUUGCUUUUUUUUUUAUUUUGGCUGAAUUUCAUUUGCUAUAAAUAGAAGAGAAACAGCUCUGUGUAUCAAGUGGUCAUUGCAACAUGUAAUAUCUCAAUUCAAAAUGAUGUAAAUUCUUGUAGCUUCGCGAAGAAUGUCUAGUUAUUCAUACUACAGACAUUAUGGUGGUCCAAAA